AAAGCUAAGGAAAAACAAUUUGGGUAACAUAGAAAAGUGAUAUCUAAGAUCUGAAAUUUUUGUUUCUAAAUCAAAAUUCAGAAAUAAAAAGCUAAGAACAAGAACCCUAACAUGCGACCCAAUUGUUGCCAUUUUUCGUUAGCUUUCGUUCUGAAAUUUCUGAAUUUUCUUCAAGCAUUUGUUGGUGUUUCCAUUCUUCUCUAUUCCAUAUGGAUGCUCAAUCAAUGGGACCAUUUCUCUCCUCAACCGCCUCUUCCCCAUUUCUCAAUCUCCCUUCCUCGUUCCCUUUCGCAUCAUUUCGUUUCUGAUAUCAACCUUCCCGCUCCAUGGUUCAUCUAUGCUUUCAUGUGUGUGGGAAUAUUGGUGUGCUGCAUUGCUUUCUUUGGUUGUGUUGCAGCUGAGAUUAUUAAUGGUUGCUGCUUGUGUUUUUACACUCUACUCAUCACCGUACUUGUUCUACUUGAGGCUGCUUUAGUGGGAUUCAUUGCAAUUGAUCAUCAUUGGCAAGAGGAUAUUCCGGUUGAGCCAACCGGUCAACUUGAGAGCCUUCGAUCUUUCAUUGAAGAUAAUCAAGAUAUAUGUAGAUGGGUUGGCAUUGCUGUUCUUGUAGUUCAGGCAUUAUCGCUACUGGUAGCAUUAAUUUUGCGAGCCUCAGUUUCUACUAGAAGAGAAGAUUUUGACGAUGAUGAGGAAUAUGAUGUUAGGGGUAGAAGUAGGGAGCCCCUACUAAUUCCUCAGCCUGGCCAAACAUCUGGUUCAAGCCACUCUGACGUUUGGAGCUCACGGAUGAGAGAGAAGUACGGAUUGAACAAUGGCGAAAAGAACAUCUACGAAGCGUGAGUUCUAGGCAAUGGGUGCUACUAGUGGUCAAGCAAUUCAGUGAGGUGUCGAUGUAUUAGUACAUAUGUAUAUCUUUUGUUUAAAUGUUUCCUUUUUCAUUUACUCCAAAAACACACCUCUCCUUCCUUUGGUUUGUGGUUUGAGAUUUUGUAACUGUAUAUAAUAAAGCCGAGGAUACUAAUCGUUAAUUCUUACAUUUGCCCGCCUUCAA